AUGUCUUCUUCUACCUCGCAACCCCAACGAUCAAUUCCGACGGAAGAUAGGAUUAGCAUCCUUCCGGACUCAAUACUGUGUCGCAUUCUCUCUUUUCUCCCAACCAAAUUAUCCGCCACCACAAGCAUCCUCUCCAAGAGAUGGAAGCCAUUAUGGCUCUCACUUCUUCAUCUUGACUUCGACGUCCAAAGCUUCAUAGACUUCAAUACCUUUCGCCAUGUUGUAUACUCUGUCAUGCUAUCGCGAGAAGUCACACUACCAAUAAAAUCACUCCGCCUCAAAUCGUGUAGUGAACAUGUCGUCAAUGACAUCAACGGAUUCAUCAAUGCAGCUAUGCAACGAGGAAUUGAAUACCUAGACUUAGAAAUUACAACAGGGAAGGAUUUCGAAUUGACAUUAACUCCAAACAUUUUCAGUUGCAAGACACUAACGGUUCUCAAAUUGAAGAAUCUAACUGUGAAUAAGAUUCUUACUCAAGUACAUUUUCCUCUACUCAAAAUUCUCCAUUUGGAUAAAGUGCGCUUCUCGUGUUAUGAAGAUAUUUUCAAGUUUCCACUGUCUUCUCCCAUUCUAGAGGAUUUCAGUGUAAAUGAUUUACAGCUACGUCCUGGGGGCAAAUUUAUUUCAGAGAAAUUCAUCUCAGAAACAAGUAAAGUUAAAUGCUUAACUAAUUUGGUCAAAGCAAGUUAUUCUGCAAGACAAAACAUUCCUCUCUUCUUGUUUACUUGGGCACAUAUUCUGAGAAUAAAACUGAGAUGCCCCCAUCCCUUCUACAAAGUCCACAGUCUUCACAAUCUAACCCAACUGGAGCUAACCUUCUUCAGCAAUAAUAUGGACAACAUUUGGAGUGGCAAGUGGAAGUGGAUGUUAGAAGUGCUUCAGCAUAGUCCCAAGCUUCAACAUCUUACCAUUCAUCAGAGAUGCCCCCAUCUCUUCUACAAAGUCCACACUUUUCACAAUCUAACCCAACUGGAGCUAAUCUUCUUCGGCGAUAAUAUGGACAACAUUUGGUGUGGGAAGUGGAAGUGGAUGUUAGAAGUGCUUCAGCAUAGUCCCAAGCUUCAACAUCUUACCAUUCAUCAGGAGGAAGAAAAUGUUGGAACUUAUGAGGCCAUUUGGGAGGACCCAGAAAUUGUUCCGCAAUGUCUUUCAUCUCAGCUUAAUACUUGCUUGUUUCGAGGUUGUAGAGGCAAAAAGAGUGAGCUUCAAUUUGUAGAAUAUGUGAUGCAAAAUUCAAAAGUAUUACGUACCAUGACAAUUCACAGUGCAUCUUCCAUAGAUUCGAACGCAAAGCGUCAAAUAAAGAAAUUAACUGUCUAUCGUAGGAGCUCUAGUUGCUGUAAACUUAUAUUUGAUUGA